GAAUUGAAGCAACGCUCAGAGGAAGAAGGUCAGGUCCGGUCAGAUCUCCUCUCUCGUGAGUUUUAAUAUUACGCUUUUAAAACCAAACCAGUUUAUUACUCAACACAAAGACAAAACUGGGCGUUUUUUUUUUUUUUUUUUUACAUACUGUGCUGCAGAAGUUUAUGCCGUAACGUCCGUGACUUCGGUCGGUGCGGGGAAAGCAAAGUGCGGUAACUACGCUACCAGAGAUCUGAGGCGUUUCAUUUUAAACCAGCCAGCGAGUAACGGUUCGGUAUCACUCCCGUCCUCCGCGAUGUCUGGGUCCAAAUGCACACGGCUGAGCGGAGCGCUGGUGAAACAAGUGCUGGAGUCGGUGGACAGCGUCCUGUUUGACUGCGACGGGGUCAUCUGGCGGGGGGACCAGGCCAUCCCCGGCGCCGCUGAAGUCAUAAACCUGCUCAAGAAAAAUGGGAAGAAGGUUUUCUUCGUCACCAACAACAGCAGCAAGACGAGGAAGAUGUACGCCGAUAAAAUGACAACGCUGGGGUUCAACGUGACGGAAGACGAGGUGUUUGGGACGGCGUACUGCUCCGCCAUGUACCUGAAGAAUGUCUGCAAGCUGGAGGGCAAAGUGUACCUGAUAGGCAGCAACGCGAUGAAGCAGGAGCUGGAGGCCGUGGGGAUCCAGCAGACCGGGGUGGGACCAGACCACAUCUCCGGGAAGCAGAUCGACUGGGCCAACGUGCCUCUGGACCCCGAGGUGAAGGCGGUGGUGGUCGGCUUUGACGAACAUUUCAGUUACAUGAAGCUGAACAGAGCCUUGCAGUACCUGACCCAGCAGGACUGUCUGUUUGUGGGAACCAACAGGGACACCAGGCUGCCCCUGGAGGGGGGCAAGGCUGUGCCAGGUACAGGCUGCCUGCUGCAGGCCGUCGAGACAGCCGCCCAGCGCCAGGCCCAGACGGUGGGCAAACCCAACCACUUCAUGUUCGACUGCGUGGCCUCGCAGUUCGGCGUGGACCGCGAGCGCUGCCUGAUGGUGGGCGACCGCCUCGACACGGACAUCAUGCUGGGCUCCAACUGCGGUCUGAAGACCCUCCUCACCCUCACGGGGGUCAGCACCGUGGCGGAUGCUGAGGCUCAUCAGAAGAGCGGUUGCGCGGAAAAGCAGGGGAUGGUGCCGGAUUAUUACGUGGAGAGCAUCGCAGACCUCCUUCCAGCUCUGCAGGGAUGAGACUGAAGAGUAGCUACGUGAUAGCCUAGCUACUGUAAACCUGAGGAAUUUGGGUAGCCUGUCACAUGCCAGGGUUCACUGUCUUCUAAAAAGGGAAUAUUUUCACAAAGAUUCAAAUCAUCUCUAUAACAAAGUCACAGCUGUCGUGUGAUAGAGGACACAAAGACUCUAGAGACACUAUCCAGAUUUUAUCAGCACUUUUGUCUUAUACUAAACCAUUAUUAAAACCUGCUUAUUUUAAAUGAUUUAAAUGUUUGAUUAUUAACACAAGAACAACAAUUUCCAGUAUUGUUUCAAUGUAAUUUAAGUGUUAAAGAGUGUGGCUAAAGCAGAGGAGUGUAUGUUCCUUUUUUUGAGUAAGAGGUGAGUUUACUUUAAAGGGCUUAUCCUGUCUGUGGUGCAAUCGCCCCUUAAGCAACAAGUAGUCAAACUCAAGAGGGGAAAUAAGCACACAAAAAGACAGUCAACAGUUUGGUAAUAUAUGUGUGUUCAGGUAGAGGCAGAGAAUGGGGCUAAAUUGCACAAAACGGGUAUUUGAGCUUUGUGUUUCUUUGUGUAUUUUAACACCUCAACAGAAUGUUCUCAUAUCUGCAAUUAAGACUCAUGGGAAGGUGCAAUGAUAUCCAGUCCUGUCGUUUAUGUCUGUUACGUGAACUAUUAUUGAAACAGAAUGACAUUAAUGUUUCAGAUGUAUUUCAAUCUUCCUUUUACCAUCCACUUUCUGACUUGUCUUCAGUAACAGCAUCACUUCUGCCUCCAAAGCAAUGCUGAAGUCUGUAAUAAAACAUAAAACUAUCUUCACUAAA